UUGCACCAGGAAAUCAAUAUUUCGAAGACCCUGUAAUCUUAUUUCCUCCCAUGGCUUGCAAGCAUCUUGACACGUCGCGAAAAGCCACUGGGGUUACGUGUUUCCUGAUAUUUGUUUAAUAUUUACGCGCCCAUUUUUGCGCACGAUUUUUCUGUAAAUUAUGAUGUUUCCGGCGUUUUCUGUCAGCUGAUCCUCGAUUGUUCACAGUUUCGAGUAGAGUGGUUAUCUGUACAAGCGAAAUUUCAAAUUGUGGUUCGAAAAAUGAUAAUAGACAUUUGCGUCUAUACUUUCCCCACGUGUGGACGUCUUCACUUAAAGUUCUAGAUAACGAGAACUUUUAAAUGAUAAGAAAUAAUUCUUUCGAGUAUGGUUCCAUUUUUGUUUUUUAGAACCUUUGCAAUAGGUGCUCGCAAUAUGCUUCAGAAAGGUCCUAGGCCAUUAGUCUUAUGCGGCCCAUCUGGAAGUGGGAAGAGUACAUUGAUAAAACGUCUAUUCGAAGAAUUCCCAGAUAAAUUUGGAUUCUCUGUUUCUCAUACAACAAGAACACCUAGGCCUGGUGAGGAGGAUGGGAAGCAUUAUUAUUUCACAACUAAGGAGAAAAUGCAAAAACAGAUAGAGCAGGGCGAAUUCCUUGAAACUGCUACCUUCAGUGGAAAUUUAUAUGGCACUAGUAAAUCCGCUGUGGAAGAUGUACAGCAAGCGGGUAAAGUGUGCGUGCUAGAUAUUGAAAUGCAAGGUGUAAAACAGAUCAAGCAAAGUUCUCUUGAUCCCUUGUACAUAUUUAUUAAGCCACCGUCCGUAGAUGAAUUAGAGAAAAGAUUGAGGGAUAGACAAACUGAAACAGAGGACUCCUUGCAGCGUAGAUUAUCUAUUGCUAGAACAGAAAUGGAAUAUGGUGAAAGCCCUGGUAAUUUUGAUAUAGUAAUCGAAAAUGAUAAUUUGUCUAAGGCAUAUGACAAGUUACGAGACUUUAUACUCUCGAACUUGGAACAACAACGUAAAACAGAAUGCUAAACCGAUGCUUCCCAAGGAUGUAUAUUUACUGGAUAUCAUAGUAUAAUUAUUUUUAUAUAUCAUUACGUGAUUUAUAGAUAAUAGGCAAACAUGUGUCGAAUUACUUAGGCAAAUAACUUUUUAUACAGCAGUAAGUUGAGUUUAUCAUUGAAAGAUGUUAUAAAGAAUCUUUCAGAUUUUUGAUGUGUGUAAUAAUAUUACGAAAAUUCAACUAACGAUACUUAACUUUCAAGAUACAAAUGAUAAAUUGUUAUAGUCUCGAAUGAAAUCACAAAUAAGAAAACAUAGAAUUAGUACGUACGUAAUUCGUUAUAAACCAGUAUUUCAUCAGGAUGGACGUAUGCAAAAUCAUUUGUUUGCUACGCAACAGCAAUCCUAACCUAUUUAUUGGUAGCCCGUAUAUUCAUGUCUCUACUUUCAUAAGUGUACAGUACAAUUUUCACAUUGCGAUGAGCUGUGUAUUCCUAAAAGUUAGGUUAGGAUAUGACUUUAUAUUUAUAUUAGUUUAUUUUCUGUAAGGUAACUUAAUAUUACUUCGUUAGAUCCAAUAUCUUUCAUGCGAUAUGCUUGUUGAAUGCCUUUAAAGAAAGAAAUUAUUUUUACAUUUGCAACGUGGUAGGAAGCGUAAAUUGUAUCUGCCCUUGAAGAAGGCACUUUGUCGCGUAAGCAUGAAAAACUUUAAUACGAUAAACAGUGUUAAAUGGAUAAAUAUUAUAUAGGACAGGUUGAGAGAAAAAUGCCUCUAGAACUAUGCGAAAUGUGGCUCCUUUAAUAGUCUUACUGUUCUUUAAUAAUUUUACUAUCGUUUAGGUAGUUAGAAAUGAAAUUGUACGAUUCACGGAUCCUAGUUGCUAGUUUUUUUGUUUAUUUCAAAGUAAACGAGUAUUUGUAUGUUGUACGAAUAUGCGAUGGGUUAUAAAAGAGCGUGAAAUGAUCUUUAGAUGAAAGAUAUCUUGCCGAAUGUAUGCGGAGAACCGUCAAUUCGUAUGAAGACAGAACUAAGAACAGACUAGAUAUCCAAAAAAAAAAAAAAUUUGGAGAAUUAAAUAUAAUAUUGUAGAUGUAGCUAACUGAGACUAUUCACCAAACGAAGUUGUGUUCCAAUAGCGUAGGUUACUUAUAAAGUACUUGUGGUUUUAUCCUCGUACUUGUCUUUAUAUCAGCAGACAUACCAUUAAUUACAGCAUUCAGAGUCAUUUCACGAGUUCAUUUGCAUCAGUAUCAUAUUUAUCAUCGACGAGAAAGGAGAAAGUAUCACGCUAACAUUCCUUCAUGAACAUUCGCUUUCGAUCAGAAGCGUUUCAUGUAUAUUAUUUAUUCGAGACACUAGAGAAAAUCGUGUUCAAAACUUGAAACGUAUCCUUCGUGUUAUCGUCGUUUCGUAUGACAUGUUUGUAGUGUGUUUACAUGUUCAACGUUACCUUCAUCGUUCUGUUUAUCAAACACGAGCAUGUUGUUGCUUCCACGACAAAAAAUAAAUAUUUUCCUAUACAUGGUUACUACUUGUUAAUGCAUGUAUGGUUAAUUCAUGUAACGAUAACACGAUAUUUAAAUAGACGAAGCGUAGCGACAUAUGUACACGUUGUUAUAGAAAAUUGUACUAUUGUUGUAGCAUACUGUAUUGAAUAAAUAUUUAAAACGGUA